AUGUGGAGCAGAUUGACCGGUAGCUCUGCUGCCUCCAACAGCAACAAGGACGAGGAAAGUCGCCGCCGCCGUACUAGCGACUCCACGCGUUCCAAGCGCGACCCAGACGCCCGCUCCGUCGUGUCAUCCUCGACGACGCGCAAGCCAUCGACAUCGACCUCAUCUAAACGUGACACUGCGCCUUCCGCGUCUUCGAUUGCCUCCUUCACGACUGCCUUCGACGAGAUGCCGCGCUCACGGGCCACAACAAACAACACGAGCGGUCCCUACGACGACGACAACAUGCGUCGCGACGAUCGCCGCAGCAGCUAUGCCGAGUCGUCCAGCUCGACACUGCGCGACGACAAGGACCGCAAGACGGGCAAGACCAAGGACAAGAAGCUCGAGAAGCGCCGCUCGACGCGCUCAGUGCGGUCCGGCAGCACGUCGCAAACGGGCGCCGGCUACAGGGGCGAGAUUGUCGACAGUCCCAAGUCGGUCCAGCGCAGCUUCAGCGGCCAGAUUGGCAGCGACGGCUUCUCGCAGUUCCCAGGACAGGCAGGAGCGCCCAUGAUGUCGGGCGCUCUGCCAGUAGGAAGCCACCCACCACACCCCGACGACAUGGACGAUCACGUGCAGAGCCAGUUCCCUGGCCAGGACCCUCUGCGAUACACCUCGAGCGCGCUCCCUGGCGGCCAUCCAUUUGGAGCGGCUGCCGACUUCUACAACGACCAGGGCCAGUCAGUGCACCAACAGCCUGGCGUGAGGCCCCAGCCGCCCUCUGUCAUCAUAGGACAGGAUACCCCCCAUCUCAUGUCUGCCUCCGCGCAGCCCAACCCGGUUGCCGACACCGGAUCGGGCGCCGCUGCAGACUUCUACGGGCCCAGCACAAAUGGCUCUUCAUCCAGGCCUCCACGACCAUCGAGCUCGUCCAUGCCCGGUGCCUUCGUCGACGACACCCCGACGCCCCAGAAGCCACCGCGACCCGCAUCUUCAUCGAGACCCAACAAGUCGAGCACCUUCGGCCCAGCUGCUACUGCGGCCGGCGCAGCUGCCCUGGGAUAUGCCAUGGGCCACAGCUCCUCUAAUCACGAACACACCACGAGCUACAGCUCAUCGAAUGUUCGCCCUUCUACAUCAUACUCUUCUUAUACUAAUAAUACCCCCCCGGCUGCUCCGGCUUCUACGUACAACAUGUACGGCCCGGGAUCUAAUGCUUCUAAUACCGCUGCCAACGACGGCAGCUACCUCCCACCCUUUGCUGCAGCCGCCGCCUACGGCGUGGAAGGCGCGCCUCCUCCAAAGCCACCUCGGCCAGCCAAGCCAGAGAAGCACUCGUCUGGCAGCAUGGCCGGACUGUACGCUGCUGGCGCCGCAGGACUGGCGGCUUAUGGCUUAAACCAACAUAAUUCACACUCACACACCCACUCCAACACCCACACACACUCGCACAGCACACACCAUCACCCGUCGACGCACGGUCCGAACGGACAUCAUCCCAAUGGCCUUACACCCAGUCCAUACAUCUCAGGCGGCAUGGCUCACCAGCAUCAGCACACCGGGCCUGUUUCCAAGUUUGUCGAUUGGUGGAAGGACUACGAAGAUGUGCAGAAGAUGGAAGAGUACACCGAGUACAUUGGAGUUUGCAAGGGCUGCUUUGACCCUCGCUCUUCCGUUCUGGACGCCCCACGGAAGCACCACUACUACAAACGGCGAUCCAAUGAGUUUAUGCGACCCACUGGUGGCAUUGAGAAGCAAUCUCGAUACUCGCUCAAGGAGAAGAAGUCUUGGGGCUCAGUCUCUUCGGGUGAGGAGCGUCGCAAGAACAAGAGCAGCGCCGCGGGCUGGGUAGCUGCAGGCCUGGGCGGCAUGGGCCUUGCCAAGGCUGGAAAGGCUGUCUUCAGCGCGGGUCGCGACGACUUUGACGACACAUACAGCAUCAAGUCCGGUCGUUCGAGGGUCUCACGACACAGCCGCAGCAGAUCAGGGGAUCGCAAGAGUUACAGCUAUGGUAGCUCUGGCAUCCGCCACCGCAGCAAUUCUGCCGACCGCAUUUCCGUCAUGUCCGUAGGCGUUACGAGCGACAAAAAGGACCGUAAGGAUCACAAGGUUGUUCACCGCCAGUCUCGGUCGCGCCGUUCUCGCUCAAGCUCAACUUCAAGCUCCAACUCAGGACGCGGCAAGACAGGCCUGAUCGGCACUGCCAUUGGUGCAGGUCUUGCAGGAGUCGCCCUUGGAGCGGCCACAAAGAAGAAGCAGCACAGCCGAUCCAGGUCCCCGAAGAGGGUUCAAGUGGUUCAUCACCGCAGAGACAGCAGUGACGAUGAGCGUCGUAGGAGAAGAUCGCAUUCACUCCGACACAAAGCAUCCCGAAGCUCAACAUCUGGAGCCUCUGUCAUCGAGAUUGGCCAGAAUCACGAGUCCCAGGGUGGCUUCCUCGGAGGCUUCUUCUCUGCACCCCCACCAAAGGAGAAGCGAGUGAAGACAGCCAAUAGCCUGAAGAAGAAGAAGAAGGGCUUCUUCAGCUUCAGCAACGCUUCAACGUCCUCAUCCGACUCCGAGAUGGCAUUCGGCACCGGCUACGUAAGGAGGACGCGCAGACGAUCGUCGCCGAAGAGACGAAACUCGGAUGAGCGACUGAAAGCUUCGCUACUUGGUCUUGGCGCUACGGCUGCUGCUAUCACAGCCGCGAAGGCCGGCAAGGGCAAACGCCACAACGAAGUCGUUGCUGUGAAGGAGAACCGUCUUGGUCGCAGAACCAGUCAAACUUCGAGACCCGCCUCACGUUACGGAGACGACGAGUGGGAGGACUUGCCGGACGAUGGUACUUCCGACUCUUCGAGUGAUGGCGGUCUCGUAUACGGCGAUUAUUCCCUGAAGAAGACCAAGAGCAACGAGUCUAUCGGAUCCAACCACUCAGGUACGAACAAAUGGGGCUGGCGAUGGGGCUUUGGCAAGAAGAGAAGGUCUUCCAACAACCUCUACGACAACAUCGCUAGUACAUCGCUCAUUGGGCCUGCCGCAGCUGGCGCAGCAGGUGCCUUGACCGGCGCAGCUGUUGGAGCUGCCCAUGGACACCACGACAGCGAGUCUAGCAGCGCUCAAACAUUGCAGUCGGUCUAUCCUGUUGCACCCCAUGACCCCAAUGCGUCGUUCGAUGCACGCCGUACAAGCUCUAUCGUCACCAAUCAGCCUAUUGUCACCUCAGGACCUGGUCCCAUACCCAUUCAACACCCUCAGCCAGUGCAGCAAGUCCCCGGCGCCAUCUACUCAACACAGGCACCAUCACAAUCUGGGUACACCACAGCAGGUCCUUCAGACUUCCCACCAGCACCUUUCCCACCUCCUUAUCCCACGCAGUCUCAAGUUCAGAACAUUAUCAUCCAAAGUCCUCAGCAUCCUCAAUUCCGUCGGGCAAACUCUUCUCCCAUCCAAAGCUCCUCAUGGAGGCGAGAUGCCUCUAUUGCUGGACUUGCAGCGACUGCCGGAUUUGCAGCAGUUUCUGCGAUGAAACACCCCGACCGACCUCCGAGCCGACCGCCGUCCGCGUCUAGCAAUGUUCGCUUCAACUUGACACAAGAGCAGGCCGAGAAGGACCUCCGUGAGCGACGCAAGGAGCAGGAGCGACUGGACGAGGAGGCCGAGCGUCGCCGAGAACAACAGAGACGCGAGGACGAGGCGCGCCGGGAAGAGGAAGACCGAGUGCGUCGAGAACAGCUGCGACAAGAGGAAGAGGCCCGGCGAGCGGCACUUGCGCUCCGUGAGGAAGAGGAUCGUCUGCGCAAAGAACGGCAGCUGCAAGAGGAUGAGGCUCGACGGAUUGAAGAAGACCGCCGGCAGACAUUGCUCCGUUUGGAGGAAACGACACGCCAAGAAGAAGCGCGACGCCGAGACGAAGACGAGCGACGUCGCCUGGAGUUGCAACGGCAGCAGGAGGAGGCUCGCAAGUUCAUGGACAUCGAACGAUUGGCGAGGCUCGAGAACGAACGCCGUCGCGAACAGCAAGAGGUCCAGGCACGCCUCGCUCGGGAAGCCGAAGACCGUGAACGUCAUCAACGAAUGUCCGAAAUGGAGCGUCAGCGUCAGCUCGCCAUCGAGGCUGCGGAGGCUGAGCGCAAACGGAGAGAGCGCCGUGAAUCUCAACAACAAGAAGCUGAGCGCAUCGAUGCCUCGAGACGCGAAGCUGAGAUUCAAGAGGACAUGGAGCGCCGACGCAGGGAACGCGAAGCUCAGGACUACACCGACCGAUACGAGAGCGACCGAGCUCGUAAGCUUGAACAGCAGCCAACAGGAGAUUCAAUGGCUUCGACUGCCACCGUUGUACAACGCAAGGAGCAGGAGCUGCAAGACCGCGAACGCGAGGCUUUCAAGUCUGACAAGAAGUCUUCCGUUGCUGGCGCAGUAGCUGCUGGUGCAGCAGCAGCAAUCGCAACUGCUGCGAUCAAGGACUACAAGGACAACAAGGACAAGGAGAAGGAGAGGGAGCGCGAGAGGAAGCGCGACACCAAGUCUUCGUCUUCAACGAAGAGCAGCAAGAGCGAAUCCUCCUCGUGGAAACGCCCUAAGAACGAUUCUUCUUCGUCCAAGAGCAGCAAGAGUGAAUCUUCAUCCUCGAAGAGCAGCAAGAAGCGGGAGCCAACCAGCGUCAAGACUGUCGAACCCAGCAAAGUCAAGCAGGACAUUUUUGACGACGACAUCUUCAACCCCGAUAUGUUCAAGCAGAAGGACGAUUCACGCCAGCAAGCUCGCGAAGUCCUUCAAGAUUGGGAACAGCGGUACUAUGCUAAGCCAAUAUCACAAGCUGAGUUCUUCGCACCGGAAGAGCUUUUGGCCAACGACAACCUGCCCAAGGUCCGCCCAGUAGACCCGAACGAGGGUGCCCCAGACCUCCCCACGUACCAAUCCUGGGAAGACUAUCCUGUCAGCCAGCCCAAGGGCCCGCCUUAUCCUCCAUCAUACGCAUUUACCGCCACCAGAAAUGGUCGGUCCUCUCAGCCACCACCGGCACCUCCAGUCCCAUCGCUGAACCUCAUUUUGCCCACACCCCCCGGUAGUCGCACUCCUUCUGUACGCAGCGCAUCUGCCCCUCCAUCGCCCGCUAUGGAACCCAUCAGGGAGACUAGAGAGACUAGACGUGAGCCAAGAGAUGACGAAUCGAACCGAGCAAGGUCUAGAGUAAGCUGGGGCGAGAACCAGUUCCACCACUUUGACGUACCUACUCCGGAAUCUUACCGUGAGCAAUUUGUCUCGGACGGCGAUCUUAGGUCGCGUGAAGCCACGGUCGAGCGCGAGCCGCCCAAGCCCGAACAGACGACGUCCACCUACACACCCUACCGCCCCGAGAUGUCAAGAGUCCCCGAGAGCAAGGAGACUGCGCCAAGCACGCAAUACGUUCGGGACGAGAAGGACUCCAGCUGGGACAGUGUUGUGGACGCUGCUUCCAAGAAGAGCAACAAGAAGGAGAAGAAGUCAGCUGCAGCGGCAGCAGCUGCAGCACUAACGACUGCAGCGGUUCUUUCCCGAGAUCAACGAGAUCAAGAGGACGAGCGUAUCUACAGACGCGACCAUCCGACUGCAUCUGCUCUGAGCAACCCGACUGCAUCCAACCUCAGCAGUGCGACUUCCUAUGAUUUCAGCGAUCCAACUGCGUCUACCGUCAGCACUAUCGUCAGCAAUGCAACUGCAGCUGGGUUCAGCAAUCCGACUGCUUCUUCCCUGAGCAACCCGUUUUCCGAUGGAAACAGGGCCCCAUCAACUAUCGCUCCAUCGAUUAUCUCAGCUGCUCCUUCUUCCACAGUCACUCCUUCCAUCAUCUCAGCUGUGCCAUCUACGAGCAGCGUUCAGACGGCAUACUGGCAGCCUGAGUCAGAGCGCGACGCGUGGAGGGCGCCCCAACAGACUACAGUGGGACCUGGCUUUGUUGAAGGCGAGAUUCCUACACCGCCAGUGUCUAUGCACAUGCCCGGCGGCUGGGACGACAUACCGGACUCUGAGGUGCUCGCAGAGGAGCCGCCGACAUCGUCCGCGAAGAAGGACACAAAGGGUAAGAACAAGGCUAAUGAUACUGACGAAGUUGUAGCUAUGCAGAAUAUUUCUCGGCGUGGAGAGCCAACACCUGCAGUGAAGGAGAGGGAAGCUGAGCCAGAGGUCAAGCUCAGCAAGAAGGAGAAGAAGGACAAGAAGAAGAAGUCCAAGUCAUCGAAGCGAGCCAGUGUGGACACUUGGGAGAUGAGUGAUCCCAGUCCGCCAUCAAGCCCAAUAAUGGACCGCGAUCCCAGGGACAUCGAGCCCUCCCGAGAUCCUAGAGAUAUUGAGCCUUCUCGAUCUGCUGAAACCUCACGUUUCGCCGACUCUUCUCGCUCAACUGAGUCUUCUCGACCUGCCGAACCACCACGUCUAGGAGAAGCAUUCCAAGAGUCCCCUAGUCCUCCGAAGAAGCUCGCGCGACAAGGUGAGAGCAGCGGCAGUAAAGCCUCCACCGCUGCCAUGGCCGGUGGUUUCGCUGCUCUAAUGGGCAUGACCAUGAACCAGGAUCAAAACAGGAUGGCCUCGGAUGCCGAGCGUGCCAGGAAGGACCUUGAGUCUACAGAGAAGCACCAUUCACGCGAUUCUCCUGUAUCUCCACCGAAUGGCGCACGUGCACUCGAACGAAAUGAGAAGAAUGUGACAAUCCCAAGCUACGCAUUCGAGGGCGUUGAGGAGCUGGCCGAUAAGACACCCAGGCCGAAAGUCCAGAAAAGACACAGCAGCGGCAAAUGGUCACCUAGCAUCAGUUCUCCUCUCAGGACCGAGACGACCUAUGACGACUACAUAAACGCCCGCACCAUUCCCGAUCCUUCCAGAUACCAAACGAUGGUCGAGGCCCCAAAGGUUCCCACCGCAGCGCCGUUCACGAUGGCGCAUGAUCCAGUCACCGCUCGUAACGUAACCGACUCUGGGUACUAUGCUCCCGACGACGUGCCGAGCCGGGCGGGCAACGAUAAAGAAUCGAAUGGAUUCUAUCCCGCAGACUUCAACGAGGAGGCAAAGGACAGGCACUCACGAAACGAUCGCGACCAGGAUGUCGAUGACAGAUACGAUGAUGACUUCGACGACAGACCACGCAGGUACGAUGAUGACGAUGUGGGCUCAAUCGCUUCUCUGAGCUACAAGUAUGACGACCCCGAUCGCGAGGAGAGACGCCGUAGACGUCGCGAAGCCAAGUCUGAGACACGUGAGAAGAGCCAUGACCGCGGUUACGAUCUAGAAGAGGGUGGUGAACGGAGACGAAGACAUCGCCGCCAUGAGGAUGAUGAGGGCGCUGACGAUUGGGACACGAAAUCUGCCAUCUCCGAGACUGGCGAGCGACGACGCAAGCACAGGAGAAGGGAUGGGGACAGAGAUGCAUCACCUGAGACCAAGACUAGAUCACGCUCGACGGCUGCUUCCGAACUCGGCGACUACGAUGAUGAUCGCAAGUCCUCCCGGAGACGAUCCAAACGAGAUGAUGACAUGGUUUCCGUCGUAUCCUCCAUCCCAGAUCUAGACGAGGAUCGCAGCUCAAGGAGAGAGAAGGAGAAACGUCCAAGUGGCUUCCUUGGCCUUUUCGGCAGCAAGUCGAGGGAGAACUUGAAAGAAGCUUCAAGCAAGUCCUCGAAAUCUAGGGACGACGACGAUGAAGAACGCAAACAUCGUAGACGGAAGCAUCGGUCGGAUCGCGGUUCUACCUACGGCGGCUCAGACGAUGAUGACAUGCGCUCCACGAUCUCGACCAGUAGUCGACGCGAAAAGAGGAGCAGCCGCAGUCGUAGCGAGAGAGGAGACGGAGACAGGACGGAUGCUUAUGAUGACAAGUUCCGACCUUUGUAUCUGGUGGAGCGUAACCGCAAGUCCAAUGAGAUCGAUGAGGUGUUGCCAGCACUUCCACCCAGUAGUGCUUCCUCAGUAGUCUCUGGCGCGGAUUCAGAAGAAGAGUUUGAGUCUGCUCAAGAGUCACCUUAUGAGAGCGCUGGACAGUCAUCUUAUGACUCAUUUUUCGAUCCUUUGAGUACCGUAGCCGACCUCAUUUCGUCUAGCCAUGGACCGGAGCUUCAACAUCCUGAGCUUGCACAUCGCGAGAUCGAAGAAGUCGAGGAAUCCGGCCAAGCCACUCCUAAGGCCUCUGACUACUUCACAGGUGCCCAGGAAGCGUCCGCACCGUCUAGCGGUCCCAACUAUGAAUCGCUUACUGCGGCACUGGAGCAUGCCAGAGCACAGGAACAGGAUUCGUCCACCGACGAUUUCAUGUCGACUUUGACCUCCCCACAGGCGGAGACUCCUAUUGAGACAAGCGAGCUGCUCGAUGACAAGAUGAUGCGCGACGUUCCCAAGUCCCGCGACACUACUUCUGCCCCAUCGAGCAGCUCUUCAAGACUUCAAGACGCUGCUCUUAGCGCAGUAGUGGGAGGAUUGACAGCAGCUGCUUUGCGAAAACGCUCUCCUUCACCAACUCGAUCUCAGCGCGAUGACACCAAAGACAAGACUUCGCCAGAGCAACCUGAGCCCGAAACCAUCGAACCUGUUGUCGAACCAUCGCCAAAGGGCAAGGGUAAGGCCAAGAAGACCAAGAAAAGUAAGAAGGGUAAGGAGCCUGUCGCCGCCGAGUCUCCCGUAGCUCCGUCGCCUGUUAUCCCAUCGCCUGUAGCUCAAUCACCUGAGGAGAUAAUCAAACCAUCGCCCUCCUUCAGCUUCGCCACUACGUUCGUUGACAACGAAGAAGCUUGGGCCAAGAACAGGACUGAGUCCGUCGUUACGGACGAUGCUACGCUUGUCGGCGAGCCCGUCGGAACGCCCAAGGAUACCAAGGCAUUUCAACAGAAGGUUUUGGACACUACUGCACCAAAAGAGGAGGAAUCCACCGAGGUUAGACGCGCUGUCUUUGAUGAUAUCCCCCACGAAACUGCUAGGUCAAUUGAGCCUGUCGAAGAGGCAAAGCAGGGUCUUGGAAUUACUACUGAACCAGCUGCCACGACUGUUGAAGUUUCACAAGACGCGACUAUCGAGCCUAGCUCUUCCAAGUCUGCUGAACCCUCAAUUCCCGAGCCGGUCAUCGAAGAGGAAGUUGCGACUACACCCAAGUCCAAGAAGGCGAAGAAGAACAAGAAGGGUAAACGCGGCAACAAGCAAGCUGAGGCUGAGGCCGAGCCGGCAACCCUUGCAGAGGUCCCUACUCAAGAUGAUCAGAUCUUGCCUUCGUCCGAGUCGCAGCAAGACACUUUUGAACGCGAUAUCCUCGAGCCAUCUUUCGAACGCGAAGAGCCCAAGGACAAAGCCGAGGAGCCCAAGGACAAGGUCGAUGUCAUGGACUUCUUGGUUCAAGAAGAGGCACCAGCCGCUUCAACCGAUGAAGCAGUUUCGCAAGAGGCGGUGCCUGCACCUACUGCUCCAGCAGUCCCCGAAGAACCACCAGCUCCCUCGACCGACGAAGCAGUCCAGCAAGCGACAGAGCCUGUACCCAUUACUCCAGCAAACCCCGAAGAGCCCAAGUCGGAAGUUACAGCUGGGCCUGCCACGCCAGAGGUUCCAGCUCGGCCUAGCACAGCUGACGGCGCCGAACAAGCCAAGAACACUCCCGUCGAAGAAAACCGCCGAGCCUCUGGGAUCGAAGGGCAAUCGGCAGGUUCAGGCUGGGGUUCCGGCCUGUGGGGUGCUAUUGGAUGGGGCAAGAAGAAGGCCCCGCCGCCGCCAACAUCCGAGCCUCCGUCUUCUCCGAAGCCCCAAUCUGCCGUCCUCGCCGCACUAGCUGCAGCCAGAGAAGAGGCCAAGCGCAAGUCACAACCAUCCUCGCCAACUGUGUCCGAGAGGAAGAGUUCCAAGUCCGAAAAGAGGCCUUCAAUCUCCCGAGUGAAAACGCAGGAUGAGACUUCAAAGCCGGAGCUGUUGCAGAAGAUUGAGUCUAGGAGAUCGUCUGUUCCUACACAGCGACCUACUGAGGCUACGACCCGCGAAAUUGUCAAGGAAGAAGCCAGCUCCAGCGCUACACCUCCCACUGCGAUCUUCACUGAUGAUGGCAAACCUUCUUUCGCAUUCCCUCAGGCUUCCACGGCGCCUCAAGAACUAUCUAUCGAGACUCCCAAGGGGGGUCCUGUCAUUGAAGAGAAGGCUACAAAGCAAUCUGAGGAUGCCACUCCAUCUACAGCCUUCUUCACCGAUGACGGCAAGCCGUCUUUCACGUUCCCACCAGUAUCUACCAAGCCUGCAGCUGAGCCAACGACCAAGCCCGAAGAGGCACCUGUCUCCAAAGAGGAGAAGAGCCCUGCGUUUGUGUCCCCGCGUACCGCAUUCUUCACCGACAACGGCAAACCAUCGUUCACAUUCCCGAAGAUGUCACCCGCCCCCGCGGUUGAGUCAAGCGUCGCAUCUAGAGAAGUUCCAGUCGCGAAUGAUACACCAGCUCCUGUUGAUGUCUCGCCACGCAACGCUUUCUUCACGGAUGAUGGCAAGCCUUCGUUCUCGUUCCCUUCGAUGCCAUCUACGACUGCCGAGCAAGCUCCUUCGGUCGCAAAGGAAGUAGAGGUUGUGGAGGAGCAGAAGAAGCCAGCGUUUGUUGCGCCACCGAGCACUUUCUUCACUGAUGAUGGAAGACCUUCAUUUGCAUUCCCAUCAGUGCCAAAGUCUACUGAGCAAACUGCCUCAACUGCCGUUGAAAACGCCCCUGCGAAGACACAAGAGCCAGCUGUGUGCAUUGCACCUCAGACCAGCUUCUUCACCGACAAUGGAAAGCCUUCGUUCACCUUCCCAUCAGCGCCAGCACCGACCGAGCGCUCGGCAACGAUCAGCAAAGACACCAUCAUUGAAGAGAAGCCCGCGGAGCAAUUAUCUCUUGGCCGAAGUGGUUUGUUCACUGAUGCUGGGAAGCCCACCAGCACCAUCGCUGACUUCACCCCGACUGAGUCUAGCGGUUCUGCUUAUGACCGAAUCUCGGUGGAACCUAGCUCGUCAAAGAAGAAGAUCAUCAAGACCAAGAAGGAGAAGAAGGCGAAGAAGAGCAGCGUACCGAUUCCCGAUUUUGAUGAGCCUGCAGCCGAUCUAGCCAAGUCUGUCGAUGCUCCAGUUGACACUACGACAAAGGACCUGGGCGACCAGAUGACCGCUGAGCCUGUUAAGCCUGACCCUGAAGCAGCCAAACCUGCUGAGGCUCCUUUGGAAUCUGCGAUCGAAGCUUGGGGCGAACAGCUAGUAUCUGAGCCAACUCCUCUGACUGAAGAGCCGCCUAUCGUUGAUUCUGCCGAACGUACCGUCAAGCCCGAGCAACCAGUUACUACAGAGCCAAUUACCAUCGCCGAAGAUGAAGUCACGUCACCUGUCAGCAAGAAGAAGGCCAAAAAGAGCAAAAGGAGCCAGAAGGCUGAACUCGAAAGCACUGAGGUCGAGACCGCAGCCCCAACGACUCCGACCCAACCUGCUGCUGAGCGUUCGCUGGAUGCUCCUGCAAGCGAAUCUGCACCUGUCACCGAGACUAUUGCCGAACCGGUACCCGCAGAGGUCGUGCAAGAGAAGAUCGUGCCCUCUAACACGGAGGCCGCAGAGCUUGUAUCCGAGCUCGCACCGACUGUUGAAGAGCCUUCCCGUGAACAGCCCUCUCUGCCUCUCAAUCUGGCCACACCGACAGAGCGUGAAGCACCAGUUGAGUCCUCGCCUUCGGUUCAAGACGACGCGCCAAAGACGAAGAAGAGCAAGAAGAGUAAGAAGAAGAGCGGUAUCUCCACUCCUCAGGAGGAGCCUAUGACUGCUACCGAGCCAUCUUCUAUUACAGCUUCUGAGUCUGUCGCCGAUCAGCCGACUUCCGUUCCGGACGUAAUUCAACCAUCCGAGGUCGAGGCCGUUGACAUUCCUCUGCCUGCUGAACAACCUGAUGAAGAUCUCACGCAGCCUCUCGAAGAGGCAGUCCCCCGAGAUGUCCUUGCUGAGCAGGAGCCAAUUCCCGAGCCCUCUUCCGCGCCUGUAGAAGCUGAGCUUCCUUCUACACCGAAGACCAAAAAGGGCAAGAAGAGCAAGCGGAAGAGCGGUACUGUGACACCCCAGCCUGAGGCCGAAGUUGUACCUGAGCAGACCGAGGCACCCCUCGAGACAUCUGCCCCGAUCAGCGAACCAGUCGCAACUCCAAGCGAAGUGGUUGACCGAUCCCGCGACAUCAAGCAACCUUCAUCAGCUGAGCAAGUUUCCUCUGUCGAGACCUCCCUACCCCAGCAGAAGCCUGACGAUGGAGCUGAUGCCGCGACUGUCCCUCUCCCAAUAGAGAGCUUCGAUGAAGAUCUCUCAACACCAUUGGAGCAGCCGAAGUCUGUGGACGAAGUCACCCUUUAUGUUGAACCGACAGUUGAGGAUGCUCCAUCAACACCCACUUCGAAGAAAGACAAGAAGAAGAAGGGGAAGAAGAGCAAGACUGUCGAGGCGCCUGUGGAGGAGGUUGUGGUUCAAGAGGAGGAGAGCAAGAGCAGGGAGACUGGUCAAGGUCAGGGACUCUUUGGUGCGGAGACACCAGUUCAAGAGAAAGAUGUCGAUGCGAAGGACUUGACCGCCGAAAAGACUGUAGCAGCUCUACCUCGAGAGCAGCUACAAUCAGACAUUGCGGAGCGUGUGAACGAGAUUUCUGCGCCAGCUGAACCGACUCGACUUGAGCCCCUGUCUGAGGCUCCUAUCGUCCCGACAGAAAAUGCACCAAUCGCCGAGCCAAGCCAGCCUGCGCAUCUAGUGGUCGAUGAUGUUGCUGAAGCACCAUCUUCUUCUAAGAAAGACAAGAAAAAGAAGAAGAGCAAGAAGGCGAAGGCCGAGGACGAAGCACCAACCACCCCGACCACCGAUGUCCAGCGCGAAAUAGAGCCUACUUUACAGACUCCUGAAGCUCAAUCCGUUACCGAAGCUCUGCCUGAACAGCAACAUCCCGAGCCUGUUCAAGAAGUAUCGGUCGAUGUUAGUCCGGAACCCAGCGCGGUUGCUGAAGACACUGCCAAGACUGUCAACAGGCAGAUUCUCAUGGACGUUCCAACUCCUGCCCGAGAAGCCCUAGUUGAUGAGCCGAUACGACCUGCCACGCCAUUGGAGGAAGAGCCUUCGACGCCAUCAAAGAAGUCUAAGAAGAAGAAGGCCAAGAAGGGUAAAUCUGUCGAGAUUGAACCCACUUCUGCAGAUCUAGCCGAUGUGCAGACGGAGUUCCAAGCUUCUAUCGAAGCCGCUGGACCUGAAUCGGAGUCAAUUGAGGAUACCGCACUCGCUGGAUCUUCCAAGCCAAUUCAAGAAGCUCAGGCCGAGACUGAAGCAAUCGCAGCAGACCGAGCGAUCGAAGUCGCGCCUGAGGUUCCUGCAGAGUCAGUCGCCGGAGCAGAGGCGGUGCCUCUUCCAGAGACGCCGGCCCGCGAGAUCGAUGAGCCCAUCGCGGAGGUUUCUCAGCCUUCGGUGCCUGCCGAGAAUGUUCCAUCGAAGCCAUUACAAGAGGCUUCAACCACCGAGGCAGAAGCAGUACCUCUUCCACAGACGCCAGCCCGAGAGAUCGACGAGCCGAUCGUGGAUGAUCUGCCAGCAACACCAUCGAAGAAGAGCAAGAAGAAGAAGGCUAAGAAGGGCAAGUCACUUGACACCGAGCCAAGCACGCCUGUCACUGAAGUAACUUCCUCUCAAGCAGACCCGUUCGUGGAAUCUGCUCAACCCGAGGUGCCCACAACUGAGACUAUCCCAUCGGUGCCAGUUGAGACUUCCAAGCCAGAGCGCGAGACUCCAUCGGCUGAGCUUGUCGCUCUUCCCGAGACUGACGACAAGGAUCUGGAAGAGCAGAUAAUAACCCAAGCUGAAGCCGCCAAGCCACAAGAAGAAGCAUCACCAGCUGAGCUCGUAGCUCUUCCUGAAACCGACGACAAAGACCUCGACGAGCCUGCAAUUCCCCAAGUCGAGGCUGCGGAGAACGUUACUGCUGUUCCUGAAGUCGUCACCGACAUCUCUGAUAAGGUGGAUACUACACAGCCAGAGCGCAGCCAAGACCUCGACGUUCCUGUGGCUCCCGCUGAGCCUGUCGCCGAAGCCGAACCAGCUGAGCCAAUCUCGAAGAAGAGCAAGAAGAAGAAGGGUAAGAAAGGCAAAUCCAUCGACAUAACUGAGCCCAGCACACCGGUUACUGAGGAGCCAGCACCACAGUUCGACGUCCCUUCUGAGACUGUUCAAGAGGAGAAACGUAUUGAGGAUACUUUGCCGCCUUCGCAGGAAACGACUCGCACAGUUGUUGACAUCGAUGAGCCUGCACUCGCCCAGGAGAGCGUUACGGACGUUCCAUUCGCGCAACAGAACAUGCCUGUCGAGGAGAUUUCGGUUGCGCCUACCCCUUCUAGUCAAACUAUUGAGGACGAAGGCGCCGAACCUGUCUCGAAGAAGGGCAAAAAGAAGGCAAAGAAGGAGAAAGCCAACCAAGAGGCUGAAGUUGAACAAACCUCAGCAACUCCUUUGCCUGAACCUUCCACAGUGGAUACUACUACCGAUGCCAACCUUGACGUAGCUGCACCCAAGACUACUGAGCAACGCCAGACCGUGGAACCUUCAGAGAUCGAGCCCAACGUUGUCGAUGUCUCUUCCGAGAAACCAACCGACUCAGCUCCCAAUGUUGCUACCACAACACCAUCUCUCGAGACUACGGAGCGUUCACUCGACGACGUAUCACCAACGGAGAGGACAUUGCCCGAGACUUCACAAGUUCAAGAUCAGGCUGAGGCCGAAGAUGCUCCCAGUACGCCCAAGAAGAGCAAGAAGAAGAAGAAGGGGAAGAAGGGAGAGUUGGUCUCCGAACCUCAGACUCCCGUUAUCGAGUCUGAGCCAGUCUUCCCGGAGACCACUGUUCAAGAAGCGCUUCCAUCUACCGCUGCGACCACCGAAGAAUCGGUUAGUCGGGAUAUUGCAUCCGAGCCUACUGCCGAUGUUCUACCUACGCCUGUCGAGACCUCUACUACUGAGCAAGACGUCCCUGCUCCUACAGAGCCAGCGCAGGUUGAGGAAGUGGUUCAGGCGAUCGAUCUUGAGCCAGCACGUGAUGAACCUGUCCCAGAGCAAGCCACCGAGGAAGCGACACCACUCUCAAAGAAAGACAAGAAGAAGGCCAAGAAAUCCAAGAAGGCUGAAGUUGAGAGUGAGAUGCCUGAGGUAUGUUCUGUGCCAGUCGAGACCGUCUCGAGGACCGUUGGUGAGUCGACUCGUGACGAACAAGUUCCGCCGACUGUCCAGGAGACACCCAUCGAAGAGCCCGUCGUUGAGACGCAGAUCGUUCCUGAGGCUACAUCCCCAAGAUCGAUGCCAGUGGUCGCCGCAGGUCAAGACGAUGUACUUCCAAGCAUUCCCCUAGCUGAAGACGCCGCUGUCACCACUUCGACCGAUAUCGCGCCUGCAACUAGAGCGCAAGAUGAAGUCACAUUAGUCGAGAACGAAGACGUUGCGCCUGCGACUGAACAGCAUGAGGAGGAGUCUGCUUCCAAGAAGAGCAAGAAGAAGGCCAAGAAAGCUAAGCGUGCUUCCAUCGCCGAAGAGCCUACUGUUCCUUCUGUUUCUGAAGCGACAAUCGAGGAGAAGGACACUAUUCAACCUGAGCAAGCAGCGACUGUACCUGGACCUGCUGCGGCCUCGACACCUGUGCCUACCACCGUUUCUGAUACCCUCCCUGAGACUGCCACAGCCGAGGGACUUUCUUUUGACACCAAGCCCGCGCUGGAAGUGUCUGUAGAGCGCGAAGCGACUGUCGAUACCGCAACACCGUCCGUUCCUGAGGCCUCGGUUCGAGAGAAAGAGCAAGCGCCAGUCCCCAAGGAGCCAACAGUUGAGUCCAAGCCAUCGGAGGAGAUGCUGGCUGCCGAUGCACCCGUGCCCGAGGUCACUGAGGAAGCCGCCGCUCCACUCUCGAAGAAGGAUAAGAAGAAGGCAAAGAAGGCGAAGCGCGUUUCGAUCGCCGAGGAGCCCACUUCUAUCCCGUCAACGCCUGUCGAAGAGAAGACUGAGCCAGUGCUGGAAGAGCCUACAUCUUCAGCUACAGAGGCACCCGCCUCGGAAGUCCCCGUUGUGGAAGAGGUGCCGAGCACUGUGUCCGACGUUGCCCAAGACACUUCAUCUCAACCUACGCCUGCCGAACAGCUCAUUGUUACACCCGAGCCCGCUUCUGAAGAACUCAGCCAAGUUGAGGCUGUGCCAGAGAUUACCAGCCCAGUCUCGAAGAAGGAUAAGAAGAAUUCGAAGAAGUCAAAGCGCGAAUCGACUGCUGAGGCGGAGGCGGAGAUCCAAGUGGAGACACCAGCAGAAAAGUCAUUAGAGCGCGCUCUUGACGACGCUGCUGACAUUGCUGCUCCGGUUCCUGAGCAGCAGCCCGACGAAGCCACAUCAACGAAGCCUACUGCAACUCCCGUGAUUGCUGAGGAGCCGAGCAAGAGCGAAGUGCCUUCUGCCGUUCCAGUUGAAGAAGAGCGAUUUCCCGCGACCACAGUUGUAGAAGAGCUCCCGUGUGAGGUAGUGACUUCCGAGCCAGUCUCUGCCACCGUUCCGACCGAGACUUCGGCAGAAGAGCCCGUAGCGACAUCUUCGACCAUCGAUGAGCCAGCCACACCCUCCAAGAAAGACAAGAAGAAGGUGAAGAAGAGCAAGCGCGGAUCAGUCGCAGAGGUCGAGCCAUCUCUGCCUUCCACUCCCGUUGAUGAACCCACUACAAAGCUUGCCGAAGCAGCCAAAGACAUCUCCACUGUUGAACAAGAGCCUGUAGUGUCAGAUGUCGAGCCGAAAGAGCAGUCAAACGUUGGUCCUACUGUUUCCGAGGAUACUACAGCCCUCACUCCUGUUGUUGAUCAGACGGUCACGGAACCUACGGAAGAAGAGGAGGUGUCGAAAUCGAAGAAAGACAAGAAGAAGGCCAAGAAAGCCGCCAAGAACGCUGAGGCUGAGGCUUCUGAACCUAUUCUCUCCGACAAGCCUUUGACCGAAGCAGCUCAAACUACUUUGAUCGAGCAGCCUUCCUCGGUGGUGCCUGACACGACAACUACGACUAUCGACGAGGCUCCGCGCACGGACGUUGACGAUUCGAUAGCCCCUGCUACAGUCGCCGCUGAGGACAACGAAGGCAAAGAGUCAGCUACCAGCCGCGAUGUGAACGACUCUACCAAGAACGAACAACUUAGCAUUGCGCCUGCAGCUGACAACGCGGUUGAGACUGCCACUUCAGACGCACAGACGAUUCCCAGCACCACUGCUACCUCUACAGACGUCCAGCCGGACGACGAGCAAGAACCAGAGGAAUGGGCUGGGCUAUCGAAGUCGCAAAAGAAGAAGCUGAAGAAAGCCAAACGCGCAUCCGUUGCUGAGGUAGAACCAUCCCGGCCAGCCACACCUGCAGAGAAUUUGUCAAAGGUUCUUUCUGCCGAGCCUCAGUCAUCUGUUCCCGAAGUGGUUCAGGAGCCCACUACUGAGCAAUUGCCCCAAGCGGAUGAACUCCGUGCUCUGCCAGUCGCGGAACCUAUCAGCGAGGGGAAGCAGGCUGAAGCAUACCUCGAGCAGCCCACCGCAACUUCGGAGCCAACAACCACCUCAACCCCAGCUGAAGACCCUGCACCAACCACUGCUACACCAGACCCGUCACCAGGCGAUCCCAAGCCGCCAGACAAAGAGCUCGAAGCGCCUUCGUCCCCUUCCUCCUCCAAGAAGGACAAGAAGAAGGCCAAGAAGCAAGCUAAGAAGGCAACACCUGCGGAGCCUUUUUUAGUAGAUGAGACGCCUGAGGCAGCCAACUCUGAUACUCAGCCGUCUCUGUCGAUUCCUACACUUUCGGAGACCCAACUACCUUUCUCGGGGAUACCGACACAAUAUCCCCCCCAAUCUUUUACGAAUAAUGAGCUUGUUGAUGAUUUUGAUGAUAAGAAGGAGGCGAAGAUUGAUGAUGCGAGGGAGGAGAGGGAACAUGAGGAGGAGAAGAAGGAUGAGGAAAAGGAGGAUGUUCACAGGGAGGUCGUGGAGAUGAGAGAUGAGGAAGAACAGAAGAAGAAGGUGGAGGAGAUCGUUGCCGAGGCUGAUCAGCGUGGAGAGCCUUCGGUCGUAGUUGGAGAAUUCCCGGAGCAGAAUGCCACAGAGGCUAUCGCUAUUGAGGAGAAGUCAGUGGGAGUUGAACAGCCUUUCGAGUCGACCGCGCCGCAAGAGCCCAUAACUGCCGUUACAGACGUUACCGAGAAGGACAUCAAGGAGCAAGCACCUAUCAUGGAAGACCACGCUUCUGAGACAAUCAUUCCAGUCGAUUUCGCCCUUGCUGAGCCAUCUGUGGCUCUGGAAGCCGACUCAGCGCCCACACUGGAAGACCCAAUUCCGGUAGAGACGCCCCAAGAAUCCACACCUACUCCGAUGGUCGUUGAAGAGGAUCAACCGACCGCUCUGCCGCAACAAGACGAGCUCAAUGAAGUUGUGGAGGAAGCUUUUCAGACACCAGUGGCACAACCGACCCGUUCACUCGGCGAAGCUGGUGACGACUUGGCCACCCCUUCUAAGAAGAGAAAGAAGAACAAGAAGGGGAAACGUGCGUCCACAGUAGAGGAGCAAGAGCAAGCCAUCAGCGUUUCUGAGCCUGAGCGCGAUGCUGCGGACAAGCCAAGUGAAGACAUUGCGGUUGCAGAACCCAAGGAACCAGUGGCUUCUGCAAUUGAGGCUGUCAAGCCCCUAGAGGAUGUCGCAAUCGUUCGAGACAUUGAGGUUGCGCGUCCUUCCGAGCCUCAAGCGGAUACAACGCCUGUCGUCGAAGAAGCCGCCCUGCCCAAGGACAAACACGCUACGUCUGAUGUCCAGGAGCCUGUACCCGUUCCGAUCGCGACAGAAGAGCGCGAGGACACGACCACGCAGCCUGAGACCGCCACGUCUUUGCCUGAAGUGGGUGAAGAAACGACUAAGGCAGAGGCUUUGUCCCAAGACGUUGAACGUACGGUCGAAAACAUCGAAGAGCCCGCCAUUGUCGUUCGGGAAGUGGAGCAAGUUCCAACGCCGACAAUCGAGGAGCCGACCUUUUCAAAGAAGAGCAAGAAGAAGAGCAAGAAGGCCAAGCAGGCGUCGUCUAUCGAGACCGUUCCUGAAGUUCAGUCUUCCCAACCAGAGGAGCUGCCAUCCGUUCAGCUCGAACCAACCCCGCUGGCGUCUGAGCCAAUCAACGAGUCGGAAGUGUCACGUGAGUUCACGGUUCCUGAGCAGGUCGAGGAUGUUCAACCAGCAUUUCCGACAACAGACGACAAGACUACCGGCCCAGAAGAGUCGAUCUCGAAGCCUGUCGAAGAGACGCAGCAACCUUCGCUACCAAGCAUCAAACGUGACGCGCCCGCUGAGGUUCCAGAAAUCGUAUCCGAGCCUCCAAGGACAACACAGCUUGAGCCAACAACUUCUGAUGCCCUUCAACCGCCCACGGAAGAGCUUCCCGUACCUUCGCUCUCGAAGAAAGACAAGAAGAAGAGCAAGAAGGCCAAGAAACAGUCUCAAGCGGAAGAAGUAGUGGAGGAGACCACUCCUGAUGUACCUCGAGAUGUAUCUCGAGAUGUUACUACGGAGGCCGCGCCCACUUCGGUCAUUGGAGAAGUUGCCGAGGCGAUCGUCGAGCCAAUUGCUGAGCCGGUCGUGGAAUUGGUGGCCGAGCGAGCCAUUGAAUCAGCCACCGAGACAACGCCGGUCAUUGAGUCCACACCAGUUGAAGAUGCAUCCGCACCAAAGCCUGAGGACAUGUCGUUCGUUCCAGAGACUACCGUCAACGAGCCGACAACGUCUGACGAUGCACCAGCGCCUACCACCGAAGACAUCCGCGAGUUCCCAGAGCGUACGGAAUCAAAGCUUCAACCAGAAGUGAUCUCCAAGCCUGUAGAAGACGCCGCUCAGGUACCGCUGCCUGAAGAUCCCAUCAUCAGCCCACCAGCCCAGACAGUCCGGGAGGAGUUCGUUGGCCCAAUCCAGCCUGAGACCACAUCAGAUGCCCAAGACGAGCAACUUCCGACCCCAAUCGUAGAGCUAGAGGCUCCACUCGAGAUCGCUAAUGCCGCACCGUUGUCCAAGAAGGACAAGAAGAAGGCCAAGAAGGCGAAAUCGAAGGCUUCCGACACUGUCACGGCUGUCGAUGAAGUCGCGGUACAGCCCGAGGUCGAGAAUGUCCAAGAUGUCGGCGCUAGCAGCAAUGAGCCAGCACCUCAAGAUGUGCCACUUUCUUUGCGUCAGGAAGCUACUGUGGUUGAGACAGUUGUCCCUAUGAAUGACCAAGAGCCUUUACUGGACGACCGCGCACUUUCCAUGCCCCCAACGGAGGAGACCAAGGAAGAAACCGAGAAGUCCGAUCUUACACCGCCUCUCGUGGACGCUAUUUCAACGCCCUUGCCUGAUACUGCUCAAGAGCCUAUCAUUGAACGAUCGAUCGAAGAGGUAUCAGCCAUCGAUGCGCCAGUCACUGCGGCGCAAGAGACUCCUGUUACACAGGAAAUCGCAACCGAGAAUCAAAUCGAGGAGACAGUCAGCCAAAAUGUGCCAGACACCACUGUCACUCCAGAGAUCGUUGAAGAGCGAUCUUCUGAUGUACCAACGACGGACGUUGAGCCUCAAGUCGAGGAGCCAGCAUCCCCAUCGGUCUCCAAGAAGAAGAGUAAGAAGAAGGGCAAGAAGUCAGAUGUCGUAACGCCGGCUCCCGAAGCCUUGCCUACAGCAGACUCCGACAACGUUACUUCUACGAUUGAGGAUAUCGCGUUGCCUACAGCCGAAGUACAAGACACCAUCGCAUCAAUUCCAGAUGAGCAGCCGAAGGUCGAGGCUCCGAUUCAACCAGAGAUUACCGUACUGCCAGAGACUGUCAGUGAAGUACCUGCCACCGAGACUGCACCUCCAGUCAACGAACCAGUUUCGGUACCAGAGACGACCGUCGUCGAGGAAGUCAAGAAUGAGACCGUUACGCAGGAGCCCGUUCUUGAGCGUAAGCUGAGCAAGAAGGAGAGGAAGAAGGCCCAGAAGCAGGCCGCUGCUCAGGUCGAGGAAUCCAUCGUUGAGGGGGAGCGAGUCGUGGAACCAGCCACGGAGCCAGCCACUGAACCCACUAUCGAGCCUGUUGCCGAGUCUACCGUCGAGCCUACUGUCAAGCCAGCGACGGUAGAACCAGCGCCUGCACUCGAUACCACUACGGUUGAGCGUGUUCAAGAGACUGACCCAGUGGUACAUGAGCCUGCUGUUGAGUUUUCAUCUUCACGUGAGGUACCCGAAUCGACGAUCGAGACUUUGCCUCAAGAAGCAACAGUGGAGGACACAUUUGUUUCCACUCCAAAGAAGAGCAAGAAAGCGAAGAAGGACAAGAAGAGCAAGACGCAACCUGCUGUUUCUGAUCUCCCCGAGGAGCCUGUCAAAGAAACAUCGAUUCUUCCUGAGCAAGUACAAGCAACGGAAACGUUCGAGACUGAGCCCGCCGCCACCAAACGACUACAGCCUAUCAACCUACAGGAUCAGGACACAACGAUCCCAGAGACUGAGCCAAUGACUUCGACGACCGCUCAGAUCGAGGAGACGACAACGGAGUCUGUGAAGACGGAAGAGCCUGUUGUCCAUGCCAACAUUACUCCCGAAGUGAUCGAACAGCCUCAACAGCCGGCUUUCUCACAAGAUAUGGACGUCGACAAGCUACCAGGAGAUGUCCCAACAGGCACCACUGACGUCCAGGAUCGUUCUGUCCCCGAAGCUGAUGUGGCCUUUCUCGCUGUCGCACCACCGGUCUUUGAAGAGUUCCAGCAACAGCCCACUCGAGAGCUAAUGCCAGACGCCUCAGUCGAAGCGUCAGCGGAGUCAACUACCGUAGUCGAGGAGGCCAAGAGCGUCCCAGAAGCACAAUCCGAGAGCAUUGAAGCCCAGCCAUUCAUCCUUGAACCGACCAUUCCGGAGGUACCUGUUGCAUCAUCUCCAAUCGCUAGAGAGCUGCCAUCGGAGGAGCCAUCGGAGCCUACAACGGGAACAACUGACUUGCGCGACGAGCAAACACUGUUUGAGCCUGUGGAAGAAAGUUCCCUUUCCCGCUCAAUGUCGAAGAAGGCGAAGAAGGCCAAAAAGGACCGGAAGUCUCUUGCUGACAGCGAGCUUUCUGGACCCGCUACGACUGCCAGUGAAGCCCCUUCAGAAAUUGUCACCGAGACACCCAUUGAGCAAGUCAUCCCUCAGCCAACUACCACCGAGACCACGAAGGAGUUGGUACAAUCUCCCACGCCAGCAGAAGAGAGUGCGCCGGUAAUCCCAAUAGUCGAGGAGACCCCAGUACCUGCCGUCGCCGAAGCUACUCCAGAAGACGACUACCGGAGCCUUGAGGAGCAGCAGCCUAUCGAGCCUAUCGAGUCCACCACGACGCACGAAGAAGCUCGUCAAGUCACGCAUGACGACUCUGUUCUAGCAAACGAGCCCUCCCCCUCUCUCAGGGCGAUCCAAGAUGAAGCUGCCGAUCUGCGACUCCGUGCAGAAGCACUCGAUGCUGAGCUCGCCACACAAAACGACGCUGAUGAGCCCUCCAUCAUCGAGCCCGCUUCCAUGUUCGCUAUCGUCAAAAAGCUCACGAAGAAGGACAAGAAAAAGGCGAGAAAGAGCAAAGGCGACACUGACGCUAUGCCGACGACUCCUGCGGCCGAACCUGAGGCUGCGGUUGAGACGAAGGAAGUCGUCGAGACGCCCGCAUUCGUGUCUGCGCCGAUCUUGGCAGAAGAGCAAGUUGUCGACAAGGGAGAAGUUGUCGAAACACCCUCGCUGACAGAAGAUACCAUUGCGACCGAUGGGCCUUCUCGCAAACUGAGCAAGAAGGAGAAGAAAAAGAAGGGCAAGCAGCCUGCAGUCGAUCCAGUCGAAUCUUCCGAGACAGCAUCGCCGUCGAGCGCGCCGAUCGUUGAGUACCCAGAGCCAAUCGCCGAGCAGCCAACAGAGUCACCAUCAGUCGUCACUGAGCCUUCAGCAGACACUGUCACGCCAGAGAAAACUCACCAGGCUUCCCGUUCCAUCGAUACUGAGCGAGUAGUACUUGAUGAGCCAGCUGCAGCCGACAUCCCGGCCCCAUCUACCGUUACCCAAGAUCUUCAAGAAACACUUGUGGAAGAGGAACUACUCCCGUCAAGGAAGUUCAGCAAGAAAGAAAAGAAAAGGGCUAAGCAAGCUGCCGCGCUAGAGGAUGCAACAUCUUCUCUAUCUGAGGAUGUUCCGUUCUCUACUUCGACUGAGUCUCGGGAAGUAGCUUUGCCUGACUAUGAGGUAGCUACGUCAGUGCCAGCACCUCCCAGUGAGGGUUUCCCUGCGACGAGUGUCGAGGCUUCCAAAGAGGCAGCUGUUAAGGAAGUUCCGGCUAUGACGCCGAGCCAACGUGAGGUGGAGACACAGAUCGAUACCUCAAUCGUUACACCAGCAGAGGCAACCACGGACAGUCUACCACCACCAGUCGUCGAGCAACAAGAGCCAAUUCUUGAGGAGCCAUCCAUUCCAUCUCCUAAGCUGGGCAAGAAGGGCAAAAAGAGAGCCAAGCAGGAUACACUCCCCGCGCAGGAACCCGAGGCGCCCGUUACGGUAGACGCACCGUUGCCCGAGACCAGUGAGCCCAUCGUUACGGAGAUACCGCACACAACCCAAGAGGUGUCCAGGGACACUUUCUCUCAUAGACCAGCGACCGUUGAACUUCCAAUCGCGACCGACUUCAUGGAAGAAGCACUUCGGUCAGAGGCAUCUACUGUGCCACGAUUUGACCCAGAGCCAGAGGUUAAAGUCACCGAAGUGCAGCCCCAACCGACUCCCAUCGACCUUGCCAUCAAGACUUCCAUUACGGAAAGCACCGAGCAGCCUCGCGAAUUCCCUGUUGUGCGUGAAUCAGAACCAGAGUCUGCGAUUGCUCCGACUCUCGUACGCAAAGAGAGUAAGAAAGACAAGAAGGGCAAGAAGCAAGACGUGGUUGCUAAACAGCCUGUCACAUCGAGAACCGACGAUGUAGUGGUCUCUGAAGACGUCCGAACUGAAGAGCAGCCUGUUGACUUGUCAAAGCCCAUGGACCAGCAAGUCACGGUUCCCAUGGACAUCCUAACUGAGCCCACACAAGACACGUCAAUCGCGCCAGUCCUGGAGAAGCAGCCCCAAGAGAUCAUUCCGCCAAGGAAUCUUUCAGAAGAGCGUGUGACCGUUGACGCUCCAGCGACGGAAGCCACCCCCGAGGCCGAGACGACUCCCACGAAGAGUAAGAAGCAAAAGCGCAAGUCAAAGUCUCCGAGGACUUCAAGAGAGCCCGCUAGCGUUGCGCCCAUCGUCCCCGUCGAGGAGACCGCCCCUGAACCGACUAUUGCGCGUCAGAUUGUGUACGACAACCGUCAAGAUACGAUCCGAGAACGCAGCCUUUCUCCCAGGAAAAGACCUACAACACCGUCAACGCCCGGGUCGCCAGUAAUUGGAGCAAUUCUCAGCCAGCCGAAGAGGGAACACGUCAGGUCCAUGUCCAACGUCUCUAUCCCUGAUCUCCAUGUCAGAGCCAGCGAAUCCGAUAGCACUACUCAGCACCCUUUGUUGCACAAGAAGUCAUCCAAGAAACACAAGUUGGCAGCUUUGUUUGAGCGCGGUAAAUCACCUGAUGGUCCCCCUGCGGAACGAGGUCUGCGAAAAGAAGGAUCUGGCAGUGUCAGAAACCUCGCCGAGCAAUACGAGAGUCAAUCACGAUCUGUCACGCCAAUUCUACCUCCGUCUCCCGAGAAGCGUUACCUGUCUCGAUCUCCAUCGCCUGAGAAGCGUCAGCUCCAUUCUCGAGUUGCAUCUCGUAGUCAACUUGGCUUGGCAUCACCAGUGCGAUCAGAUUCGAAGUCACCCGCCAGAGACAUAGACUUCGCAGCUACUGUCGCCGCCAGUUUGCAAGAGUCUGGUUUCGAUCCUGGAUACGUCAUCAACGACAGAGCUUUCCAUCGCUCGAACUCCCUAUCAGGAGCUCGCGAUAUCACGCCUGAUGAUGAUAUUGCCGCUGCAAAGGAAAGAGCCGGCAGAUCACGACUCGGUAGCUUGAGUCGCUCAUCAUCGGUCUCCGGCUCGCCAAAACUACGACCACUUCAGCCUAGCGGACCCGAUGUUCUGCCACCCAUCGAAGUAGCAAUGGCAACGACUGACACUGCUUCGUUCGACCCACUGGAUGUGCUCAACGACCCCGCUUUUGCAACGCGAAAGUCGCCUCCUGGUGUUCUUGAAGAAGCUGACCCUGAUGAGUUGGCCGGGUCGUCAAGUCUGAGAAGGAACAAGAGCAAGAAGAAGCGUCAUCCGAUACCAGAAGCUCCAGUGGAAUCUGAACACAUUCGUGAAGAAGCAGACGCUUCAGUUGCACCGAUUGUUCGAGGCAAGAAGUCAAAGAAAGACGAAGAAGGAGCUCCACGUCUGCAAGACCGUGUUGAGUAUGCAGCUUCAGAGACUCCGGCGAUCGAGGCUCAUCGAGAUGUGCCUCUCGCUGUUGAGACUCCAGCUGACUCCACAGUCCGCGGAAGUGAGCCUGCUCAGUCCGUGCCUCGCGCGCCAACCUCCACCGAUGUCCUUCCGGAGGUGCCAACGCAAACAACAGGUUUGGAGGCCAAGUCUAUCGACGUCAAAGAGGAAGAUUCAAACAGACAAGACACGAUGACGAGGAAGGAGAGGCCCAGGAAGUCAGCGAAAGACGCCAAACCUGCAACCACUGAGGAUGUGCCCGUACUGCCCGUGACAUUCGAUCAGGAAGCCCGUUCACUGACCGCUGGAGAGCCGAAGGAAUAUCCAUUUCCACAGGUGACGCAAGAGAAGGAAAUCGAGAGGAAGAAGGAGGAGACGCGCAGGCGAGAGUUGGAAAAAGAGAGGGAUAUGGAUGCAUGGGCUCCAUCGCCAAAAAUGAAGAGCAAAAAGAGCAGGAAGACUGAAGAGAGGGUUGAGGGGAAGUCGAGCACCGCGCCGAGGGACGCACCACCAGCCGAUACACGAGCUGCCGUUCCUGAAGCUCACAAGCGCAGGACACAUCCUGUAUCCUUUGACGAUGAGCAACCGGACGAGAAGCGCUUACAUACGUUGGAGUCCACUCAAGAGCCUCAGUUCACUACUGAGCGAACAGCGUCGCCAGCGCAUGUCGUCGCAUCAGAGCGCUCACGCACCGACAAGCGCUCCAAGGAAGCCAAACCAUCAACACAUGGUGCAGCACCAGCCAACGAGCCAUCAUGGUCAUUCGCCGAAGUUCGAGACGACAGCGGUCAGGAGCCCGCCACUGCACAGUCAGCACAGUCAGUCGAGAAGGCAACACGUACGCUGAGGCGGUCGAAGGAACCGAAGACUCCUCUGAGUGCAUCAAAACGCUCAACUGCAACUGACCAAGAUGCCGAAGACAGCCCUGCUUUGCCAACACACCCAGUGGUUUCUGGCGCGACAACCCCAGGCACCGAAUUUGCAACGAAGGAGCGAACCUCGUAUCUUUUCGAUUCCUCGCCAUCGACACGCGCCUAUGGCACUUCACCAGCAGUUGGGCCGCAAACACCCGCUCAUGAUACUCAGAGAGUUGAUGAUACUCCGUCAAAAGACAAAGGCAAGAAACCACGCACAGAGUCGCAGCACGGUCGAACAUCGCCUACGAAGGAGAUUGUACAGAAGGAGUCAUACCAAUCCUUGUUUGGAGAUCCAAAUGAGAAGAAGGGUGAGACCCUUUCCACGCCUGUCGCGAAGUCCGAACGCACACCAGGCACCAAGCAACUCGAGUCCAUUGAAGAAGUCAGCCCGGAUGACACCAAGCACAAGAAAUCACGAUCCAUCGCUGAUGUCGGCGCGCCAGAGCGAGGACUCAAGUCAGCUCGUCGCACCGAGAGUCUCAGGCAACUUUCUGAUCGUCUGAGAUCACCUCCGCCCAGCACGCCAACACCCACUGGUCGUCGAAGUGUGGCAUCCAUGGCAGAAAACUCAGGUGGAAGAGACUCACCAUGGUCGCAGGUCAACGACAGCGUUGACCGAACCAUGACUCUCAGCCCCGCACGCCGCAUGCCUCGCUCCUCUCCGAGCGCAGACCCGUUGAAGCAGUACAUUGCUGAGCAACGGUCUCCCAGUGUUCAAAGUCAGCGUUCCCUGAGCAACAUCGCGAGACUCAGGUCUCCGGAUCAGGAGCGGCCUAUGAGCUCUAUGAGCAAUAUCAGCACACGUUCGGACCGGUCGUUGAGAAGAGUGGACCGGCAAACGUCAGGUGACCUCAGAUCAGCCUCGAGGCUUGGCGAGGCCAGUGCGCAAGACGCUAAGAGCGCGCAACCCAAUCUCUCCAGCACGGCGCUCGCGGCUGGAGCAGCAGCCAUCGCAGGUAUCGCCGCCCCACCGGUUUACGACCCAGUCCGGGGUACAGGUAGAGGUCGCCGUACCAGUAUGGCCGAAACCUUUGUAAGUAGUUCGCAGUUGUUGCGCACGCCGCUUCUGAUUACUGACUGUCUUUUGCAGGAAGCAUGGGGUGAAGCCCAAAGGUCGCCUAGCUCGCCCUCACGUCCACCAAGCGUGCGCAAACGUCAAAGCAUGCAGAUCAUGGACCUGCAGACGCAACUUGACCAGCUAGCUGCGCAAAACUCAGCUGUCGAGACCGCCAAAGCCAAGGCUGAGGAGGCUUUGCAAGCUGCACAACAUCAGCGCCAAGUUGACGAGCAACUGGUACUUGAAGAAGUAGAAGCACGUGACCGUCAGAUUCACCAAAGGGAUAUCGACAUUGCGCAACUCAAGGAUACGCUUCAACGACUACAAGAAGAGAUUGCGCGCCUGAAUCAACUCAACAACGCACUAACAGACGCCAAUCGCAACCUGACCAACGAUGCCAAUGAACGAUAUGGUCAACUCCAGUCCGAGGGACAAAUGGUGCAUGAGCAAUGGCAGGCAUCGCAACGAGAGCUAGAGAGCCUCCGCAGUCAAUACGCUCAGCUUCAGGCUGAAGGCCAGGCAAUGCAACAGCAAUGGCAAACAUCACAACGAGACUUGGAGGAACUUCGCCGCCAGCAUACUCAGAUGCAGCGAGGUCUCGCAGAUGCAGUCCGCGAUGAAGUUGGCGAAGCACUCGAUGAGCGCAAUGCCGAAAUCGACCGUUUGACCGCAGAGCUUGCGACUGCACGCGAACAGAUUAAGAACCUUCAAAAGCAGAUCUUGGCUUCGAAGAAGCCUAGUGAGAGCUUCCUCACUGUUCGCGAUGAGGACUACUUUGACAGCGCCUGUCAACAACUGUGUCAACAUGUCCAGCAGUGGGUGCUGCGCUUCUCCAAGUUCUCUGAUACUCGCGCAUGCCGCCUUUCAUCAGAGGUCGCAGCUGAUACACGACUAGAUGCAUCAACGCGUCAGAAAAUCGACACUCGCCUUGACAAUGCCAUUCUCGAUGGCUCAGAUGUCGAUUCACUCUUAGCGGACCGUGUCAAGCGCCGAGACGUCUUCAUGUCCGUGGUUAUGACCAUGAUCUGGGAGUACGUCUUCACCAGGUACCUAUUCGGUAUGGACCGAGAACAGCGCCAGAAACUCAAGGCGCUGGAGAAGACGCUUUCAGAAGUCGGCCCACCACGCGCUGUGGCACAAUGGCGAGCUAUCACACUUACCCUUCUUGCGAGAAGAGAGCCUUUUAUGCAGCAGCGCGCUCAGGACACUGAAGCUGUGGUGCACGAAAUCUACAGCACACUCUCGACACUUCUUCCGCCACCAUCGCAUCUGCAGCGCCAGAUCCAGGAGUCGUUGCGCAACGUGAUGCGCUUGGCAGUGGAGCUAUCAAUUGAGAUGCGCACGCAACGCGCAGAAUACAUCAUGCUGCCGCCGCUACAACCCGAGUACGAUACCAAGGGCGAUCUCGUCGCCAAGGUUACUUUCAACGCCUCUUUAAUGAACGAACGGUCAGGCGAGACGACGUCGAACGACGAACUCCAAGCCCGUGGGUCGGUGGUCAAGAUUGUACUGUUCCCCCUAGUCGUCAAGAAGGGCGAUGACUUCGGCGAAGGCGAGGACGAGAUUGUCGUCUGCCCAGCCCAGGUCCUGGUCGCCGGAACCAAGAGCAGGAAGGUAGUGAGGGUCAUGAGUGGAGCGAUGUCGAUCAAUCGUCCCGACUCACGAGCAAGUCGCAUCAGUCGGGUAACGAGCGUCGCGCCCCCUGAGAGCACGAUCAUGGACUACGAGCAACCUGGCAGCAACAUGAUCUAG